AUGGCUCAGCCCGUCGUGGCCUUGUUCGGCUACGAGUCCUCCACCUUCACCAUCAAGAUUCGCCAUGUGCUUCGUCUCAAACGCAUCAAUUACACCUUCGUCCCUGUUCCGACGAUGAUGCCCCGUCCAACUCUCCGAGACCACUUUCACUUGACUUACAGAAAGAUACCUGUUCUUGCUAUUGGGCGUGAGCUCUACUGCGACACUUCGAUCAUCUGCGAGGCUCUGGAACAUUUCUUCCCUCAUUCGGAAGGCUACCAAUCGCUCUAUCCUACCGCUCAGGAUGGGAGGAAUUACAGGCCACUGAUCCGGGGAUUUGCGUCGUAUUGGACGGGUGUGUAGCUUUUGGAUCUCCGAACUAGCUCCGAGAUAUGAGAGGUACUAAUAAUCCAACGAUAGACCGGCCGCUCUUCCGAGUAACCUGUGGCCUCAUGCCUGCGAGCAUCUGGAGAAGCGACUUUGGAGUUGACCGAGCUCAAUUGAUCGGCCACAAACUCGAUCCGGAUAAAUUGGAGAAAAAGCUUCCCGAGAACCUUUCGAAAUUGGACACGCAAUUAUCCCUGCUGGAACCUCUUUUGGCCGAGACAGAUGGCCCGUGGAUCUUCUCGACCCCUUCGCCGUCUCUGGCUGAUGUCUCUGUCUACUACGAACUGCUCUGGGGCUCGGAGAUCGCGUCGGGCCGGAUGACGAGCCACAUUACGCAGGGUGGCCAUGGUGACGAGGCACUAGAAGGAGCAACUCCGGUUUUCAAUGCACAGAGGUAUCCAGCACUGUUUUCCUGGUACCGUCGAAUGCAGCUCUAUUUCGAUGCAUUACCAUCAGUAGAAGACCAGACGACACCACUCGAGCGGGUCUUGGAGCAGAUGAAGAAAGCCCCUGCUCUGGGCCAAAAAUCGCUCUUGCUUCCGACGCCAAGAUCGACACACGCAGAACUGGACGAAAGGACUGGACUGAAGAUUGGGUCAUUGGUCUCGGUGGUCCCUGAUGAUACGGGGAGAGAUGAGUACGUUCUGAAUGCCCUUCUCAGCUGGACUCUCGAUGCUGAUGCAGUAACUAGCCCAACCAUCGGUACGCUUGUUGCCAUCUCGCCCGAAGAGGUCGUGAUCAAGCCUCAAGCCUUGGAAAGCCCUGCAACAGUCGAGACACGCGUUCAUUUCCCGAAAGUAGGGUUUGUCGUGCGUCCUGUACCAGAGUCGAAACUUUGA